AUGUCUCGUUCUUCCUUUCUUGAUGAGGAGUUAUUGGCCGAUGAAGAUAUUGCUGAUUUGGUGAAUUAUUACAAUCAUCAUCAACAACACCAACCCACACACGGAAUGAAUUAUAUGGCACCACCACCACCACAACAACAUGCUACUGCUGGUUAUAAUAAUAAUUUUCAACAACAACAACAUCAAGGCUCUCCAUUCUUUUCAUCAUCCACAAUGGUAGCAUCAUCCUCGCAUCAACAAGGACCAUCAUUGGACGUUUCUAUUGAGACAGCAAUUGAUGAGCCUUUCCGACAUCAAUGGUCAAAUUAUGAUCUCAAGAAAGAUGAUGAAAUGUAUGAGAAAUAUAAUGUUGCGUUGAAAAUUAAGAACAAUGCCAAUAGUAUCAGCGCACCUUUGUUAUUGAAUUGCAGACAUGAAAUUCAUGACAAGGGAAAUAUUUGUGAGAUGAUUCACAAGAAAACCAAUGUAACCGGUUAUUAUUUGGACUUUUUGUUGUUUGAUUCUCAACCCUUCACGUUGCAACCACUUGAAGAAAAAAUUGUUCUAGUAUCAAUAUCUAGACCAUCCCGAACCAUGGUUUCUCAUGGAAAAUAUUAUAUUCAAUUCUAUGUUCUUACAGCAGGGAAUUUCCAAAUGCUUUGUCACACGCAACAGGUCAAAGUUUUGACAAGCAAAAAUAAGAAUAACAGAACGAAACGGGUGUCACUUGAUCCAACAAAACAAGAUAUUUCUGUCAAAAAUCUAGUUCCAAAGGAGUGGCAACACAUACAAACAUCUCAUCAAGUAUUCGAAGCAUGUUUUUGGGAUGAAGUCGAUUUAACUGGUGAAAAGAAAAAGUACACUCCACCACCUGCAUCUGCCAUAUCUUCCUCAUCGAGAUCUAGCGCUUCAUCGUCUUCAUCCAAUAAUAAUCCUUCAGCAACAACAAGCACUCCAAAAACAGAAAUUCAAAACAAUGGAACACCUCAAAGUAGCUCGGCCGGUAUCAUGAAUCAACCACCACAACAGCAAACAAAUGGUGACCUAUUACUUCAACAUCAACAAGGACACCAUUUCCCUGGUUUGGGAGACGCAUCUCCUCUUUUCAAAAAUCCACUCUCUCCAAGUUUAAUGGCAGGAUUAUCGUCACCAAACCAUGACUUUUUGAGGAGCCCUUUCAGAGAGGAUCAUCAUGCGCUUGAUUCGGAAUUUCAUGGCCAUUCCUUCUUGGAAGAACCCGCUGGACACAUUCAAAAUUACAUUCCAAUUAGUACUCAUACAUCUAUCAUUAAGAUAUUCCAAAAACAACUUGAUUUUUACAAACAACAAAUGGAAAUUCUGUUGACUGAGCUAAAAAGACAUGACAAACGAAUGGCUGAAACGCUCUAUAGACAAUAUGCAUCUGUUUUACAACGAGACUCAAUGUCAUCAAGCUCUUCCUGGGAUGACUCUAAUAUUCCAUCCGAAGAGGAUUUGGAAAAUAUGUUUAACAAGAUGAAAAUUAUCAAGGAACAAGUUGAGCAGUCCAUCAAUGAUUCCAAAAAACCGCCAUGUUCUCCUGUGGCGUACUCAAAUUUUUCUCCACAUCAUGAUUAUGUACAAAGUCCCAUAUAUGCUCUUUACAACUCUAAGGAUUAUGAUUUCUCUUUUGAUGAGGAUGUGACCAUUCCUGAUUAUUAUGAGGUCAAGUGUAAUUCUACUGUUCUGAAAACAUGGCAAAUUACUAAUUGUGGAAUACCAUUUCCUCGAGGUACAAGAAUUGUUGUCAAGUCAGAUAAAGAAACACCAUUGGAGAAUGAUGAGCAAUUAUUACCUUUAAGAAAUACAAUUGAGGAUCGUGUUUUGUCGGAGAGUGAACUUGCUGGCUUCAACGAAACGAAGAAUAUUUCUUGCUCCAUUAAGACACCAAAUGUAGAAGGACUCUAUCGGAGAGAAUUUUGUUUGCAACUCCCGAAUAAUAUUGAAUUUGGAGAUUCAUUGGUUGUCAUUUUCAGAGCUGUCAAAUAG